ACUGGUGAGGUUUUCUUUUCUGUUUGGCUGGUGAUAUUUGUAAUGUCUUCCUGUAUGGUCCUUGUGCAAGAAGGCGGAACUCACAAGUGAUAUACGAUGGUCGUAAAAUGCUUGGCUGAGGGUGAUUCACUCCGUUGGUUUAGUUACGGUGAAAGCAGUCACUAGAGAAACACCGAUAAGAAAGCAGCUAUAGUAUUUCUAAGGAAACCUGAUCAUAUUAGCAUCAUGAUGGAAAACGUUUAUGUUUGCAGACAGCCUUUACGAGUGAAGGUGGAGAGGAGUAAGCCUUAUAAGAUGUCAGGUUGUGACAAGUAUCUUGACUAUGUUGAGCUGAGUAUGAAAUGUAGAGUAUGCGGAGACAAGGCUUCAGGGUUUCAUUAUGGUGUACAUUCGUGUGAAGGAUGUAAAGGUUUCUUCAGAAGAACACACAGAAUGAAGCUAGUCUAUAAACCAUGUCCUUUCGUCAAGACAGAACCAUGCAAGAUCAACAUAGCAACAAGGAAUAAAUGCCAAUACUGUCGGUUCCAGAAAUGUAUGCAGGUUGGAAUGUCACAUGAUGCCUCCAGGUUUGGUCGCAUGCCGCGGGAGGAGCGUCUCCGGCUCCUGGAGGAGCUCAAGGACGAGGAGACGGAAGCCACGGAGGAGGAGAAACAUCGGGCGGAGAUCAGGGAGCUGACAGACAGGAUACACAGUAUAUACAUCAACAUGUGGAUGGGACAGUUCAUCUCCAUGCCUGUAGGAUCCAGAGCAACCCGUAGCAAGGAACCUAACGGUAAAACGGAAGAUCACAAGUCAAUGAAGGAACUCACCGAGAAGGAAGCGCUCACAAAAUUCUGUCGAGGAGCAUUAUUAGCUAUCAUAGAAAGCCUGGCAAAGUUUGCCAAGAAGCUCCAAGAAUUCAAGAAUCUAGAUUUAAAUGACCAGGUGUGUCUGCUGAAACAUGCUGCAUUUGAGGUAGCAUUGAUUGCCACCUCAUCAAGGUAUGCUUCAGAGGGAUUAUGGUUCCCUACAGAUGGGGUUUACUUCACCAAGAAGAUGCUGGAGCAACUAGAAAUCUCCUUCUUUGACGGGAAGUUCAAAUUCUUUGAGAAGAUGAAGAAGCUUAAUCUGACGGAGAGAGAAUUGGCACUGUUUUGUGUUCUGUCGUUAACAUCACCCGACCGAGAUGAAUUAAUAGAACGUGAUGAAGUGGAGAAGUUCCAGGAACAGGUCUUAGAAGCUAUUCAGAUAGAACUAAGAACCAAUCACAGUAAUCAUCGUAUGCUUCUUCCAAGACUCCUAUCCCUUCUGGUAGACCUCAGACAACUGGUCCUGGACCAUAUCAAACAGGUCCAGCAACUCAUGCUGAUGGAUGAUCCGUCAUAUUCAGGUCCUCCGCCACUCAUUAAGGAGAUAUUUGGACUCUAUUGAUCAGCUUUAGGAGCUUACAAACUGAACUACUGAACUUGGUCUACCUGAUAGUACUCUGAAGGGUCAUCUACCUACAUGACAACUCAACGCUUCUGCAGUAUCAGAUGUUUGCAUGGGUCUUGUGUAUGUGACAACUAUAGCGUUUUGGACCUGUAUGAAGAGGUCUUGUCCUAGUCUAUUUCAAUAUGGUGACAAACAUCUGAAGUGAUGGUAUAUGUCAACUGGACCAUAUUCCAAAUUGUCAUCAUCAUGAUGGACCAGAACAGAGUUUGCAUCACCAUUUUGAGGCAAGGGGCUCCAACAUGUAGACCAGGACCUGUCUGAUGAUGGAGCAAAGCAAGCUUCAUAUACCUGUAUGCCAACUGGACCAUAUUUCAGUCCUAGUCCACAUCAUCAUGGACCAGAACGGACUGUAGAUCUUCAUUUAGAUGCAAGUGGGACUAUCAUUGAGACUUGGACCUGUCUGAAUUAUGGACCAAAACAAGUUCACCAUUCACCCCUUACUAUGUAAUUAUAUUUGUUUUGUAACAAAUUUAACCAAGUGUUAUUCACAUUUGCAAGCAAAACUUAGAAUGGCUGAUACCACUUUAUAUCAUCUUUUCUGAUAUGAACUGAUGAUUAUUAUUACUUUUUUUGUAAUAAUAUCAUUCAUUAUCUCAUGUGAUCAUCAUUCAUCAACUCGUUUGACUCAAUGCUCUAUGCUAUUUUAACCAAACUGACCUAUCCAACAAAUUUAUGGUUGAGAGAAAAAAUCUAUUUUAUUCCUGGUCAAAAUCAAAUUUGAACUCUAUAUGAUAUUAAGAAUUGAUGAUUGUGAGUAAUAUGUUUUUAAAUCUAGAAAUUAUAUAUUUUUUUGUAUUAAAAAACAGUACUUUUUUCAUUACGAUGAAUUGUGACUUAAUCUUAUAAGAUUUGUUUAUUUUUUAAAGUAAAUAAUGACUUUAUUUCCCAUUUAAACUAGUUAUAAAUCUGCAAUCAAUGAGAGUCUAAUACAAAUCUUAUGUUUGAAGCCAGAAGAGCACUACUGCGGUGUAAAAUUACAGCGUCCUUCUGCUUCCGAAUGGACGAAAUACAGAAGCUGUAUCAACAUGUAGUUACAUGUAGGUCAGAUGACGAUGUAUUGUUGAUGGUGAUAUGCAAUAGUCUGAGAUUAUGAUGGUGAAAUAAUGAACAGAUAAACUUAUUUGUUGUCGUUGACCCUCUUGUGAUAUCAUACGGUGAUAUACAAGUGUUGUUCUGAUUGUGAUAAACGAGAUAAACUGACAAGCUUUUUUUGAAAUGUGUUUUCAUAGUAUCGUCUGCUGAGAGCUAAAGGA